AUGGCGGACGAGCAAUUUCCAUGGCUCGACUGGCCUCCCGGCUUUACGCCGUCGAACCUCCAGAACCUCCCCCAACACGCGCCGCGCGCUGAGGAUAGUUCGGAUUCUCACUGGAGAAGCCCGUUCUACAACUCGGCGACGACUUACACGGGCCAUACUCCACAAGUGAACAAUAGCAGCAAUCAAUCUCAGUUUUAUCCGACGUACCAACAGCAGGAGGAGUCCUUUGUGCGUCUAGAGGACGUCGUGCCGUACCCUUCAUACCGGUGGGGGCCCCCUCCGACGCGGGAAUACUCAAGACCAACUUCCUCCCCGGAAAGCACCUCAGGAUUGCCCGCUGUUUCCCUCACUCAACAGUCCCCAACACGUUCGACCAGCCGUCAACUUCCAACACCAGUGUCACAAAGUCAGCAACAUGUGGUCUCGUCGGGGGAGUCGCAUGCUGCCGACAACAUGUACUCUGGCCAUGACGCCAAAAGACGUCGACUAGACCCGCCUCUUGCUUCGCAAGCUCCUUCACUUCAGAACACUCAAACCAACUCGAGCCUUGCCUAUCCUUCCUCGAAUGCUCCAUCUCGGACAAGCGACUCGCGAGUCUCGCAGCCUACAACGCAGUCGUCACAGCCUACCGCACGCCGAAUCUCGCAGCCAAUGGCACGGCCGGGCUCCCAAUAUAUUUCUCCAGCGCAGGCGCGAGCAACACCGCAGGGGCAGCAGGGGCAGCAGUCGCCGCAGUUGUCGCAUGCAUCGCAAGCGCCGCAACGUACUUCGUCCCCAGCGACAUCGCAAACCCAAGCACCACGCGCUACGCAGUACGCUCAACGCACACAGCCAAAGGCCCCAUCACGAGCUCCGUCCAGCGCCAGUCCGCAAACGACGGCACAGAACCUCCCAGGGCGACAACAGCCGUAUGCAUCACCAAACGCUACAGCCCCAAGUCUCCCACAAUUCGUUCAGCCCUCCGCCACACAGAUCAGAACGCAGCAGCCCGUGCAGCGCCUCGACAGCACCCAAUCGCGGAAACCGUCUCCGCAGAAUAGACUGCCCGCUCAAAACGCUCCGAAAGUGACCGUACAGUCCACUACACAACAAGCACCACAGCAUACUCCGGGCGCUGGCUCGCAACCCGCUCCGCGCCCUGUCUCGCGGCCCACCACGCAAGCUAGCUCGCAGCCUCCCCCCACACAACCUGUUCCACGGCCAGCCGCACAUUCCGCUACACCACCUUUACCACACCAUGUACAACAGACUCUACCACAACAGCAAAGGCCCCCACCGACGCAAACAGCUCCUCCGAAGGCCGGCGCGUUUCGGCCUCCACAAACCACACCCCAGAUGGCACAAGCACCCCAUACUCACCCCCCUUCUGGUCCGUACGGAAACUUGACAGCCUUUUCCUACCAACCACAGAAUCCUGCAGAUAGAUCACAUCUGAAACGACGUUUGGACAUAGUGAGCCGGCUCAAUGAGAAAGAUGCGGCACAGAAGAUCACGUACGACCCCAAGACUAUCGCUAGGGAUAUCUUGAUCGCAGCCGGCCGUCACCCAACAGAGCCCAGUCUGAAUCAUCAUCUUUUAUGCCUCCGCAAUGCAUUUUAUGCUGUGGAUAUGAACUCGGAUCUCGCAACUUUCAAAUGGGAUCUUGUGGACCCUGGACAACCGUCACGUGAUAUGGCGCCUCAGGCUCCAAGUCAGGGGUCCGUCAGGCAAACAAGUCAAACAGCUCCACAACCUGCCCUGCAAGUCGCGCCGCCGCCUUCGUUCUCGCAGUUCUCCGUCAACUUGAACAACACAAGACCCCCACAGCAGCAGCAGCACCCCAAUCCGCAGCAAACCUCCAGGCAGCAACCGCCACAGCCAAAGCCUCAGCCGAUUCCAAAGCCACCACAAGUUCAGCUUCAGGCUCCACCGCCUCAGCUAGCGCCGGCCGCUCCACCCGAGCCCCAGGCAAAGGCUUCUGCUCCGAGCACACCAAACUCAGGCAUGGAGAAACGCAGACGUGGUCGGCCGCCUGGAAGUACGAACAAGCCAAAAGUUGCUGUUCCACCCCCGGCGGCGGCUCCAGCUGCUUCCUAUCCCGUCUUCGCGUGUCAUUGGGGCAAUUGUCAAUUGGAGCUGCAUAACCUCGACCUUCUCAAGAAGCAUCUUUUCAAAAAACAUGUCUCUUUUUCUAUGGUCUGUGGAUGGAAAGGCUGCACGGUUACGGGGGCCAUGCCUGCCGCGGAGCUCAUGAAGCACGUUAAGCAAGCUCAUCUUGACGCUCUUGCUUGGAAGCUGGGUGACGGACCAGUAGUGCCUACAAGUGUCGAUCGGGAAUCAAAGACAGUUCCGUUCACAAUUCCGGAAUCUAAUCACCCAGGAAACGAAGAUUCGCUCAUCUUUCCAGCCAGCUACUCGUCUAUUCGCGCGUUCAAUCGAGUGCAUGGGAAAAAUACACAGCAAGAGAAGGCUCGGGAGAUUAUGAAGGCAGUAGAACGGCUCAAGGAACACAUUGGUGUGGGAUUGGACCCUGGUGGAUGCGAGUUAGCCAUUCCUGUACGCAACCAAAGGGUGAGCAACGAUGAGGACGUCUACGAGGUGCGGUCUGAAUAG